AGGGCCGUGGCGGGGAAGCAGCUCCGGCGCUGAGCAUGCUCAAGCUCCACCCGCCGCGCCGGAGGAGGGGCUGCCAGAGAAGCGGAAGGCAUCGGCAUGCGCGCGGGCUCCUGCUUGCGUUGGCUGUCGCGGCUGCCUCUGGCGGCCCAGCGCGGUGCCGCUUCCUGCAGAAGGCCGCCAACGCGCCCUCCGCAGCCGUGGGCCGUGGCGGGCUGCCGCUGGCACGACGGGCUCAUGGCUGGCUACGCCACGGAGCCGCGCGGGCAGCUCCACACGCCGGAUUACCGCCUCUACUUCAAAGAUGCAAAAGGAAAAUACAUUUCCCCAUUCCAUGACAUUCCUCUGUUGGCUGAACCAGAUGAGGAUAAGGAGAUUCCAGCAAAGAAAUCAAAGAUCAAUGGAAAUGAGUUGGUAUUUAACAUGGUUGUAGAAGUGCCUCGCUGGACAAAUGCUAAAAUGGAGAUUGCCACAAAGGAGCCGUUGAAUCCCAUUAAGCAAGAUGUAAAGGAAGGCAAGCUGCGAUACGUGGCAAACAUCUUUCCCCACAAGGGCUAUAUUUGGAAUUAUGGAGCCUUCCCUCAGACGUGGGAAGAUCCCAGUCAUAAAGAUGAUAGUACAGGAUGUUGCGGGGACAACGAUCCCAUUGACGUCUGUGAAAUUGGUUCCCAGGUUCGCUCACUUGGUGACAUUGUCAAGGUGAAGGUCCUUGGAGUUCUAGGUCUUAUUGAUGAGGGAGAAACAGACUGGAAGGUCAUUGCUAUCAGUCUGGAUGAUCCAGAUUCACAGAAAAUGCAUGAUAUUGAGGAUGUCAGGAAGUUCAAACCAGGGUAUCUUGAAUCUACUGUUGACUGGUUCAGAUUAUAUAAAGUUCCAGAUGGGAAGCCAGAAAAUCAAUUUGCUUUUAACAGGACAUUUAAAGACAAGGCAUUUGCAGUUGAAAUAAUUAAGUCCACCCAUGAAUGCUGGAAAUCCUUGGUUCACAAAAAGGCUAAUGGAGGAGGCAUCAAAUGCAUCAACCUCCUGGUGGGUACCAGCCCCUACUGCUGCAAUGAAGAGGAUGCCCAAGCUAUUGUGCAGUGUGCUCCGCCACCUGUGGAAGAAUGUUCGGUUUCCAAAGAAGCUGAUAAGUGGCAUUUUCUUGGCUAAUGAUCACUGGCAUUGGCUGAUGUCAGACUGUGAAAUCCACUAAUUCAUCAAGUUCUCUCUGUUUCACAUGUACAAACACACACAAGCACAUGUACUGUUCACUGGAGAUAAGCAAGCAGAGUCACCACUGACUAGAUUUGGAAAAUCUUUGCGUGCAGCAAACUGUCUGCCAUGUAAAUAAAAAUGAUUUUUAAGAUUUUC